GCCAGAUCGAUGUGCGCCGUUUUGGCCAAGUUUAAAACAGUAUAGGCAGCAUGCAAGUAUCGUACGGGACAAUAAAGCCGCGAGAGAUAGAUAUUCCGUAUGCGGGGGAUUGGCUGCCAACGGUUGAAUUAUAAUAAUGUACGACAUCAUCAUGACGUGGGCAAUUCUGCCCCGAUUCAACUCCGCCGCAAUAGUAUUAAGGCACCUUUUCCCCGCCAGCAGUUGUGAUAAUAAUAGCUAUAACAAACCUGGAGCCGAGCAAAAAAUUUUCUAAAGUUUCUACGAGAUCAGACCUUCUCCUACAUCGCAGGUGGAUUCGAAGACGCUCCCCAUAAUGGCUACGGACAUUGCUACAAGGGAACUCCGUGAACCUAUUGACGUCGCUGAAUACCUCUUCAGACGGCUACGGGAAGUUGGGAUUCGCUCUGUGCAUGGAGUUCCUGGUGAGAAUUGUCCGGUUGCAAACGGGGCUAAAUGCGUCUGCUUACGAGAUACCUCCCAGGUGACUACAACCUCGUUGCUCUGGAUUACCUCCCCAAGUGCGACCUCCAUUGGGUGGGCAACUGCAAUGAAUUGAAUGCUGGAUAUGCUGCCGACGGAUACGCUCGUGUCAAUGGAAUCGCUGCCUUGGUUACUACUUUCGGUGUAGGAGAGCUGUCAGCAGUGAACGCCAUUGCGGGCGCCUACUCAGAGUAUGUACCCAUCGUUCACAUUGUUGGCCAACCCAAUACAAGGUCACAGAGAGAUGGAAUGCUAUUGCAUCAUACGUUGGGCAACGGCGACUUUGAUGUCUUUACCAAGAUGAGCGCUUCCAUUUCGUGCGCUGUUGCAAAGUUGAACGACCCCCAUGAAGCUGCAACGCUCAUCGACCACGCUAUUCGGGAAUGCUGGAUUCGCAGCAGACCGGUGUACAUCACCCUCCCUACAGACAUCGUCACGAAGAAAGUCGAAGGUGAAAGGCUGAAAACCCCAAUUGACCUGACACUGCCGGAGAAUGAAGCAGAAAGGGAGGAUUACGUGGUGGAUGUUGUUUUGAAAUAUCUGCAAGCUGCGAAAAACCCAGUCAUUCUAGUUGACGCAUGCGCAAUUCGUCACAGGGUCCUGGACGAGGUACAUGACCUUGUUAAGGCUUCUGGCUUGCCAACCUUUGUGACCCCAAUGGGCAAAGGAGCAGUGGAUGAGACUCAUCCAAAUUAUGGUGGUGUGUAUGCUGGAGAUGGGUCUAAUACCGGCGUCCGUGAAGUUGUUGAAGCUUCCGACCUUAUUCUGAGCAUUGGCGCCAUUAAAUCCGAUUUCAAUACUGCCGGCUUCACAUACCGCAUCGGCCAACUGAACACGAUCGACUUCCAUAGUACCUUCGUGCGAGUGAGGUAUUCGGAGUACCCGAACACAAACAUGAAGGGUGUUCUAAGGAAGAUCAUCCAGAAAAUGGGCCCCCUCAACAAGACGCCUAUUCCAAAGACUGUCAACAAGGUUCCAGAACAUAUCAAAGCUUCUGGUGACACGCGGAUUACUCAUGCUUGGUUGUGGCCGACAGUCGGACAGUGGCUGCAGCCGGAGGAUGUCAUCGUCACUGAGACUGGAACUGCAAACUUUGGAAUCUGGGAAACCAGGUUCCCACACGGUGUCACGGCUAUAAGCCAAGUCCUCUGGGGAAGCAUUGGGUACACGGUUGGAGCAUGUCAAGGCGCCGCACUGGCCGCAAAGGAGAUAGGCAACCGUCGCACCAUACUUUUCGUUGGCGAUGGCAGUUUCCAGCUUACUGCGCAGGAAGUGAGCACCAUGCUCAGAAAUAAGCUGAACCCGAUCAUUUUUGUGAUAUGUAACGAAGGGUAUACGAUCGAAAGGUACAUCCACGGAUGGGAGGCAACCUAUAACGACAUCCAGGAAUGGAAAUUCACAAACAUUCCCGACACCUUCGGAGGGACAGACUAUAAGACAUAUAAAGUGAAGACCAGAGACGAACUAACAAAGCUUUUUGCGAACAAAGAAUUCUCUUCAGCCCCAUGCCUGCAAUUGGUCGAACUGCAUAUGCCUCGUGAGGAUGCUCCCGCGCCGUUGAGGAUGACUGCGGAGGCGGCAGCCAGGACGAAUAGCAGGGUCUAAACCCGCCUUCAUUGCCAGUGUGCAUUGAUAUGAGCUUGCUCCUUUCAGUAUGAACCAUUUAUCUAAGUGCUGACUUUCGCUUUCUCCGUACGGAUCUUCGAAAUUCGGCGUAGAUGAUUUCUAAGUCCUGAUCUUCAACUUCAUUCUGAAAUACCUGUACAAGCCCAUCGUCGUUAAAUAAUGAUCCAAAUAUGAGCUGUUAGAGACAAAUUUCGUUUUAUCCUCUGCGAACGUAUACCCGUUGUGUAUCUGCAAGUGCCUGUAACUAGCGUAUUCCAGAAACAUACACACGCUCUUCAAUCAACA